UCUUAGGAGUACUCGGGUGUGGACAGGGGGUUGCAGUGGGUAUGCCUUCUCAGACACCUUUUCAAUCUCUUGGCUGUCUCUUCUCUCGAAUCUGCCUUUCCUCUCUACAGCAGCAAGUAAAUUCAUCAUCAAAUUCACCCAUUUUCCUCCUUCCCUUUCUUCAAUCCAUGUCUAUUUCCACCAAAAUUCCACACCCUCUCUUCACUUCACCAUCCCUUAAAUCCCUAAAACCCUCUUCUUCACAUCCCACUAAAUUAAACUUUUUUAAAUCCAUCAUCACAAUCCAAAGAAUCUCCACAAAAAAACCCAUUAUUUCAGCCACGCCACAACAAUCCUCAUCAUCAUCUCUUCAACCCAUUGAAGAACUUCCACCAAAGCUUCAAGAAAUCAUCAAACUAUUCCAAGCAGUUGAACAACCAAAAGCUAAAUAUGAACAACUCUUGUUUUAUGGCAAGAAUUUAAAACCACUUGAUGCUCAGUACAAGACUAAUGAAAACAAGGUUCAGGGUUGUGUUUCACAGGUUUGGGUUAGGGCGUAUUUUGAUUCGGAGAGAAAUGUAAUCUUUGAAGCUGAUUCGGAUUCGGUACUCACUAAAGGUCUUGCUGCUUUGUUAGUUCAGGGCCUUUCUGGAAGACCUGUAGAAGAGAUUGUUAGAGUUUCUCCUGAUUUUGCAGUACUUUUAGGGUUGCAACAAAGCUUAACUCCUUCUAGGAAUAAUGGGUUUUUGAAUAUGUUGAAGUUAAUGCAGAAAAAGGCGUUGCAGUUGUACGUUGAAGCGGAGAAAAAAGCAUCUGGUUUAGGCCCCCAGAGCGAUUUAUUAAAUGCCUCGACUGAGCGAAUUAAUGUUAAUGGAAAUGUUGAGUCUGGUGCCAUUCAUGAAGUUAGUGGAAACAAUAUAAUUGUUGGUGCUGUUGAUGAUGGUGUAUUGAGGAGUAGAGGGAUGAGAAUAAAGGAGAAAUUGGAGAAGGAACUUAGGCCUGUUGAAUUAGAAGUUGAAGAUAUAUCUUAUCAGCACGCGGGGCACGCCGGGGUUAGAGGCAGUGACGGAGAGACACAUUUUAAUUUAAAAGUGGUUUCUGAGGAAUUUGAAGGUAAGAGUUUGGUUAAGAGGCAUAGGAUGAUUUAUGGUUUACUGCAAGAUGAGUUGCAGAGUGGAUUACACGCAUUGUCAAUUGUGGCUAAGACACCGUCUGAAGUUGGUAGUAGUUGAAUUGCAGGUCUGGUUCUUUCUAUCCUGUAAACUUUUCGUCCUUAGUGGAAUUUAUUGAAAUGUAUACCUCAUAGUAGCUAGUAACAUGACACCUGUUUUGUCGCGAGAACCUUAAUAAAGUAGUUACUGAAGUAUUUAAAAUAUUAAUAUACAGCUUCAAUUGUCUA